AUGGACUUUCCUAUCCAACACCAGCCAAAGUGCAAUCACGCAGGUGAACCUGCAGGGCCACUGUGGAUGCCAGCACCAUCAGCUUUUUUGGACUGUCCACCAGGAUUGGAAUAUUUAACUGAGAUAGAUAAAAUACAGAUUCAUCAGCAAAUUGAUCUUCUGGAAGCCAUAACAGGGUUUGAAACAAAUAAUAAAUAUGAAAUUAAGAACAGCCUUGGACAGAGGAUUUACUUUGCUGUGGAAGAUACUGAUUGCUGUACUCGAAAUUGCUGUCCAUGUUUUAGGCCUUCUACUGUGAGAAUUUUUGAUCUUAUGGGCCAAGAGGUGAUAACUCUGGAGAAACCACUAACAUGUGCCAGCUGUUGUUGCCCAUGCUGCCUUCAGGAGAUAGAAAUCUACUCUCCUCCUGGUACACUAAUAGGAUAUGUUAUUCGGGCUGCUCACAUGUGUCUGCCUAAGGUUACAAUUCAAAAUGAGGAUAGAAAUGAUAUGCUAAGAAUUGUUGGCCCAUUUUGUACACGUGGAUGUUGUAAAGAUGUUGUUUUUGAGAUUACAACUGUUGAUGAAGAAUAUGUGAUUGGCAAGAUUUCCAAGCAGUGGACUGGUUUUGUGAGAGAGGCACUUACAGAUUACACCAAUUUUGAUAUUUGUUUCCCCUUAGGCUUUGAUGAGAAAAUAAAAGCUGUCAUCCUUGGUGCAUGUUUCUUCAUUGUAAGUCUA